UAUAGGCUCAAACAUAUCGUAACAAAAUCGUUAUUUGGACGAACCAAACAUCGGAUUUCAACAUUGUUUGUGUCCCAGGUUCAAGGUACACUGUACAGAACAAUAUUUAUCCUGCGAACAUAAUCAGAUGUUAGAAUUUUGGAAAGGAAGUUCGGUUAAAUAUUUAUGUAAAGCUUCUCGGCGAACGUUUCCGGGUUGGAAUAUAAAUCGAGGAAACGAAUUGACAAUAAGACUUAGACGCUACAAGAAUAAAGAUGGCCUCAUCAGCACCAACUCCAACCAAUCAUCCAACGACCACCGAUAAACCGAGCACUCCCGACAUUCUCAUGGAGGUCGAGAUCGCCAUCGGAUUCGUAGCCGUCGCCGUAUUUUGCCUAACCAUCCUCGCCAUCUGCCUCUGUUACAUCAACCGAUCGACGAAACGACAGCUGAAGUGGGUCCAGGAGGAGCUACAGCGGUCCAGGGAGAGGCGUCGAUCAGAGAAGGAGCAGGAGAAGAGGGAUCUCUUCCCGUCCCUUGAUUCUGGAUGUAGCCAGGGUCAGGGAGAGAUUGGCGCUCCGGGCUCAGAUUCUAACCAACAAGCUGACGAUGUGUUCCACCAGCAGUCGACCACUGAAACGCAGACUAGUUACGACAAUCAAGAGUUUCAUCUCUCCGAGGAGGAAUGA